AUGCCGUCCCCCAUUCCCCAGCCCAAAGGUUACCCCCUCGUGGGUAAUCUCUUCGAUAUCGACUCCCAGAAUCCCUGGGGUUCGUUCAAUAAGCUCGCACUAAAGAACAAAUAUCGCCCUAUCUUCAAAAUCAACAUUCUCGGUAAAGAUCUGGUGUUUGUGACCGGCGCUGCCCUCCUCGAGGAAGUCUGCGAUGAAAAGCGUUUCCGCAAAUGCGUCUCCGGACCCAUUGUCCAGAUCCGCGAUGCAGUUCACUGCAGCUUGUUCACCGCGUACGAGAAGGAGAUGGAAGAUUGGGGCAUCGCCCAUCGGAUCAUGGCGCCGAUGGUCUCGACCGAGGCAGUCGCUGAACUCUACUCGGGCAUGAAGGAGACCAUGCCCGAUCUCAUCAAAAAAUGGACCGCCGGACCGCGCCAGCGCGUCAACGUCACCAAUGACCUAGACCGGCUCAACCACGCAGCAAACAUGCUCUGCUUCUUCAACCAACGGGUGGACUGCGUCAACGGCCCCGAACCCCCCGCCAUCCACGCUCACGAAGAAUCCACUGUCGAAGCGACGCGCCGAUCUUCCCGCAUGAAGCUUGUCAACUGGCUCUUCCACCAGAAGAAAUAUGACAACUACAUCAAGAUCAUGCGCGACUACGGGGCGGACAUCAUCGCCCACCGGAAGGCCUACCCGACCGAUAAGAAUGACAUGUUGAACGCGUUGAUGAACGGUAAGGACCCGCAGACUGGAAAGGGCUUGACCGAGAGCCAAGUGCAAGACGAGAUCAUCAACUGCUUCAUCGGCAGUGCGACAGCGCCCAACCUGAUCUCCUUUGCGCUAUACUACCUGAUGAAGAACCCGGACACCAUUAGACAGGCGCGAGAGGAGAUUGACGCGGUGGUUGGCGUCUCGGAGAGCGUCGAGCAGGAGCAUCUUGCGCGUUUGCCCUACUGUAAGGCCAUCAUCGACGAAACAUUCCGCCUGUCGGCGGUCGCUCCUGGCUUCAACCUUGAGCCUCAUCCGGACGAUGAGGGCCCUGUCCUGCUCGCAGGGGGUGAAUACGAGAUUCCCCGCAAGCAGGCGUUGAUUGUUCUCCUAUCGGCAGUUGGCCGUGACCCGGCAGUGUUUGAGGACCCCGAUGCUUUCAAGCCUGAGCGGAUGCUGGGCGAGAAGUUUGAUCGCCUGCCGGCCGGUGUGAAGAAGAGAUUCGGCAACGGCAAGCGUGAGUGUAUUGGAAAGCGAUAUGCAUACGAGUGGUCCUUCAUGACGCUGGUGAGCAUCCUCAAGGACGUGGAGUUUGAACUGGCGGAUGCGAACUACGUGAUGAACAACGACGGCGUCAACUACAAUGGAGCGUUUAGUGUCAAGCCGCAGGGAUUCUUUGCCGUGACGGGACCCAGACAGCGAAGCGGUCAUUGA